AUGACUCCUGGUGAUUUUUCAGCGGCUGAUUUGGUAACAACUUUCAAUUGGAUUAUGACUCUCACCCGUACUCUCCCAAGGGAUUGGGGUAGUUUAAUUGGUUUACAAUUAGUUGGCAUAAACGGAAUAGAUAAUCGUUUUGCACGAGUUGUUGUUGGUAACGGUGGAUUACCAAUAGGUGACACAAAGUUCUCGGACGCUUUCAUUACAUGGCAAAAAUUUGCAUCAGAACAAGCAAAAAUCGAUGUUGGUUUCGUAAUAACACACGGAGUUAAAAGGAAAAUGAAAUUCGAAGAACUUACUGCAUAUAAUGCUCCAUUUCGGAAUGAAAAAUAUCAAGCUGGUGCUCUAAUAUUUCCUCAGUUGGUACCGACAAGACAUGAUGAUCCUUCAUCACGGUAUAAUCUUGGUGUUGACAAAUCACAGCAAAUGAUGAUACCAGGUGCUAAGAAUCAACCACAUGCUACAGUAACUCAAGCUGGCCAUUAUUUACAAGAAGAUAAGCCACAUGAAAUUGUUGAACAUCUUAUUAAAUUUAUUGAAAAUAAUCCAUUGCCGUCCAAGUGA